GGCGGCAGCGGCAGUAGCAGCAGCGACCCGGUGGGGGGGCGGUCUUGGGCCGGGCCAGGCGCUGCGGCGGUUUCCCCCCCACCCACCUCAGCGGCCUGCGGCUUGCUCCGGGCCUGCGGCGGCGCGAGCCCGUUGUUGUUGUCGGCGGCCGGGCCUCGCGGCCGGGCCUGGCUCGGCGGCGCCAUGAGCUCGGGCACCCCCUACAUCGGCAGCAAGAUCAGCCUCAUCUCCAAGGCGCAGAUCCGCUACGAGGGCAUCCUCUACACCAUCGACACCGAGAACUCCACCGUGGCGCUGGCCAAGGUGCGGUCCUUUGGUACUGAAGAUCGGCCUACAGAUAGACCUGCGCCUCCAAGAGAAGAGAUAUAUGAAUACAUUAUUUUCCGGGGAAGUGACAUCAAAGAUAUCACAGUGUGUGAACCUCCAAAAGCUCAACACACUCUGCCACAAGAUCCUGCCAUUGUCCAAUCAUCAUUGGGCUCUGCUUCUACAUCAUCUUUUCAGCCACAUGUGCCUUACAGUCCCUUCAGAGGUAUGCCACCCUACAGCCAGCUUGCUGCCAGCUCUUUACUGAGUCAACAAUAUGCAGCUUCUUUAGGCUUAGAGAAGUUGGUAAGCCCUCCAGCAUCAGCAGCUGCUUCCAGCCCUAGUUCUUCUCCGUCUCCACAGCCUGUUUCAGAGCCUGACAUGUCUUCAGAGUCACAUCAGCUCUCUUCCAAGGGUGCUAGUUUCCCAUCUCUUCACCCAGUACGCAAGAGCCCCAUGGUGGAACAGGCUGUUCAAACUGGUCCCAUUGAUAACAUGAAUUCACAAAAGCCACCCCCAGCAAAAGUAGUUCCAGGGAUCCAACGUAAUGGGCGGCAGAUUCCACAAAGCACCAAGACAAAUGAUACAGUACAGCCAACACCUGUGCAAACUCAAGGUCAGGUGAAUGAUGAAAACCGAAGACCACAAAGGAGGAGAUCAGGAAACAGGAGAACCAGAAAUCGUUCUAGAGGACAAAACAGACCAACCACUGUGAAGGAAAAUACUAUAAAAUUUGAAGGUGAUUUUGAUUUUGAAAGUGCAAAUGCACAGUUCAACAGAGAGGAACUUGACAAGGAAUUUAAGAAGAAACUGAACUUUAAAGAUGACAAAGCUGAUACAGGGGAAGAAAAGGUGGAUCCUGGAGUGGCAACUCAGAAUAAUGAUGGCAAUGCAGAUGAGGAGCUCCUAGGACCCAAUUGCUAUUAUGAUAAAUCAAAGUCUUUCUUUGACAACAUCUCUUCAGAACUGAAAUCCAGUUCCAGGCGUACAACAUGGGCUGAAGAAAGGAAGCUCAAUACUGAGACUUUUGGGGUAUCUGGUCGGUUUCUUCGUGGACGCAGCUUUCGUGGUGGAUUUCGAGGUGGAAGGGGUAGUGGAGCAGCACGGCGAAACCAAACCACUCACAGAGCUGGUACUGGAAGAGUGUAACUAUGGAGGCUCUAACACGUUCCACCAUGAGGGUGAUCCUUUUGUAUAUAGGAAGAAUACAACAAACUGCUGCACUAAUGUGGGAUAAUGGUUCAUCUUGUUUACUGUCUGAAAUCCAGCGACGGAACUUCAUAUACUACUGCUUGUAUUUUGGACUUCAACUUACUUUGGACCAGCAUCUAGCAGCUGGCAUCUUUUUGGAAGAGGGAAUGUGUUCAGGGGUAUCUUCUUCAGGGCAUCUUUUUUAUUUUUAUUUUUUUAAGCGCAGGUUGACUUGCGAUAUGGCUCUUUCUGGACUCCAAAGCUAUUGUAGUCUAAACAACAUAAAGCAAAACUCCCUUUCUGUACCCAAAAGGAGACUAUCAUGCUCUUUUAACUCUUUAAAACGGAACCAAAGCUCACCAAAAUAAACCAGCUAAUGUUUUUUGUUCUGAGUAACCAAAUUGGUGCUUUGCUGGUCUCUUGCUGUGAAGGCAGCACGUGGAGUAGCACUUGGUAUCUGGAAGAGUGGAUUCCUAGUGCUUGGUUAUGUAUAGUGUGACUGGGAAUACUGGAUUGCUGAUCAUGUAGUGGUGUGAAGAGCUGUGCAGCUAUCUGCAAGUCCAGUACUACUUCAGAGGUACCACAUGCUUCCAUGGAAUGGUACUGGCCAGCCAGCUGCCACCAGUUCCUUUUUAAAGGUACUGGUGCUGUGCACUCUUUGGAAGAGCCCAAAAGCUGCUUAAUUGGCCGUGGUCCAUAUAGGGAAGGUGCCUUGCUGCAUACCCUAGCUUGACCAAGAAGGGGGGUGGGGGAGUACUUGGGGCAGCAAGCAGUUUUCCUAUAUUUGGUGGUAGCUGAUUAUUUAGUUACUUAUUUCUGCAGUAGCUUAAUAAGACUAAGCUACUGAAAAGGUGGAGAAACCUCUAAAAAAGGAGCUGAGGAAGGCUUCAUUUGCCACAACAGUACCUUUUUCAGUAACUGGUGCGUACUGCAGAUGGCUUCUGCAUGCUAGUACUGAGUGGUGAAACACUAUGAAACAUUGCUUUCAUUUAAACUAGGAAAGGGAAGCCCAUAUAAUUUAGCUUAAUGGACAGGCAUGUUUAAUUUUGUUUCCUCUAAACCUCCCUCCCCCCCCCAACUUGUAUAUAGUUGUUUUUUGUUUGUUUUAAGAGUUGUGUAUGGGGGGCUGGGUGGGAGGGUUAAACUCAUUUGCAUGACUAAGUGAGCUACGCUGUUAGGCAUGUGUCCCUUUUUGGUUGAUGGGGGAAUUUUUGUUGAAAAAGCACCUUGAUAAUGGAACCCCUUUACAUCGCUAGAAUUUUAGUUUACGCAUUGACUAAGUUUACUGUAAAAGCUUGGAUUUAUUUUUGUAGGACUUAAUUGCUCAGAAUUAGAAAAUUAGCAGUGGGGCUUUCUAUGGAGUAAUGUACACUUGUAAUUACAAUAAACAUAUAAAUGUUUAA